GUGCGCGCAGGGCGCAGGCGCGCGGCUCCCGGUAGCCCGCGAGAAGCCCGCGGCCAGACGCGGCUGUCGUCUGAGGUACGGAGCUGCGGAAGGAUGGAGACGCUGAAGGUGGAAAAGUUCAGCACCACCGACCGGGGAAACGGGCUGCGCGCUGUGGCGCCACUGCGCCCGGGAGAGCUGCUCUUCCGCUCCGAUCCCUUGGCGUACACGGUGUGCAAGGGGAGUCGUGGAGUCGUCUGCGAUCGCUGCCUCCUCGGGAAGGAAAAGCUGAUGCGAUGCUCUCAAUGCCGAGUUGCCAAAUACUGUAGUGCUAAGUGUCAGAAGAAAGCUUGGCCAGACCACAAGCGGGAAUGCAAAUGCCUUAAAAGCUGCAAACCCAGAUACCCUCCGGAUUCUGUCCGACUUCUUGGCAGAGUUGUUGUCAAACUUAUGGAAGAAACCCCCUCUGAAUCGGAGAAACUUUACUCGUUUUAUGAUCUGGAAUCAAAUAUUAGUAAACUGACUGAAGAUAAGAAAGAGGGUCUCAGGCAACUUGCAAUGACAUUUCAACAUUUCAUGAGAGAAGAAAUACAAGAUGCUUCUCAGCUGCCACCUUCCUUUGACAUUUUUGAAGCCUUUGCAAAAGUGAUCUGCAAUUCGUUCACCAUCUGUAAUGCGGAGAUGCAGGAAGUCGGCGUCGGCCUGUACCCCAGUAUGUCUUUGCUCAAUCACAGCUGUGACCCCAACUGUUCUAUUGUGUUCAAUGGGCCCCACCUCCUACUACGUGCUGUCCGAGACAUCGAGGCUGGAGAGGAGCUCACCAUCUGCUACCUGGACAUGCUGAUGACCAGUGAGGAGCGCCGCAAGCAGCUGCGGGACCAGUACUGCUUUGACUGUGACUGUAUCCGGUGCCAGACGCAGGACAAGGAUGCUGAUAUGCUGACUGGUGAUGAGCAAGUAUGGAAGGAGGUUCAAGAAUCCUUGAAAAAGAUCGAAGAGCUGAAGGCACAUUGGAAGUGGGAACAGGUUCUGGCCACAUGCCAGACGAUCAUAAGCAGCAACUCGGAGCGGCUUCCUGAUAUCAACAUCUACCAGCUGAAGGUGCUCGACUGCGCCAUGGAUGCCUGCAUCAACCUGGGGCUGUUGGAGGAGGCGUUGUUCUACGGCAUCCGGACCAUGGAGCCAUACAGGAUCUUCUUCCCGGGAAGCCACCCCGUCAGAGGUGUGCAGGUAAUGAAAGUUGGCAAAUUGCAGUUGCAUCAAGGCAUGUUUCCCCAGGCGAUGAAGAACCUGAGGCUGGCCUUUGAUAUCAUGAGAGUGACACACGGCAGAGAGCACAGACUGAUCGAGGAUCUGAUUCUUCUCUUAGAAGAAUGUGAUGCCAACAUCAGAGCCUCCUGAAGGAGCCCAGCCAGGUGGCCCGACGGCUCGUCCCUGAUUGAACGCCUUACUGAGACCACACUGUCCACUUUGUCUGCUGUGUGACCCUCCCUAUUGGAAAUGCUGUUCUGUGUUUACGUAGGUAAAUGAGGCAGACGUCGUUUGCAAACCUUAAGAAUCACUAGUUGUAGAGAAGCACGAUUAUAAUAAACACAAAAAAUUUGGUUGAAAAUGCCA